AUGACUGUGAAUCAAAGUGAUGCAGUGAAUCUCACUUGUAGCGCUGAUGGUUAUCCUAAACCAACCAUUACCUGGACAAAAAAUAACAAUAUUAUUAACAAGUCUUUUAUCGUCCGUGGAAAACGCGAUGAAGGACUCUACGUUUGCACCGCUGAUAAUGGAAUUGGAAAUGCAUCUAGCGAGUCGGUCGUCGUAACUGUUGAGUGUAAGUCCAAAUGUGAAGUGUCAAACAAAUAAAAACUAGACUAAAUUUUUAUUUGCCAUUUUCCGAGUUCCAAAAAGCGAGGCUAAGUGCAAACAAUUCUUUUGAAAAGGAGUUUGGUUUGUAGGAGACUAAAACUCAUCAUUUUCAUAUCAAAGGCUUUGAACUUAGCCUUGGUUUAAAACAGACGCCUGAGACAACUCGAAAAUGGCCUACUAACCGAUGCUUCAAAGAAGAGAAGAAGUGACUUGUCCAAUUAUGUUUGAUUUCGUCUGAGUUAAGAAGGCUUUUGCUUUCCUAUUGUUUGCACAACUCCUACUUAUUCGUACACAAUAGUCUUUUUUGUGGGCUUAAUGACUGCUGAACUGAUCAUUAAAAUCUCUACUAAAAUCCACGCGUUUUUGAGUGAAACUUCACUGUUGUUAAAUUUUUGAAUGAACCUUAUUGUCUUGAAGUAACUAUAGAAUUACCUUCAUCAUUUUCAAGAUUAGACUUUCUGCGCGCAUUGUUUUGCUCCACCCACUAAAAGUGUUCAGAUGUGCUGCACAGACGUUAAGAAAAAUGCUUGCAACUGCGAAUUCAGUACUUUGCGAAUACAGCCCUCUAUCCUCGCUCCUCGUCGCUAGGGACGUUUUGCAGUUGCUGGCAGAAAUGCUCUUUAUCGUCAUUUGUGUUGAGAGGAUUAAUAGAUACGUACAAACUAUAAUUUGGUUAAAUGCAAUCGAUGGUUAAUUAUUGACACUAACAAGUUGAUGUACACAUCUUUUUUUACGUUAGACUUUGGUCCAUUUAACACAACAAUGACCGGAAGCGCAAACAUUGUCUCUUUGAACACACCAUUUAACCUGAGCUGCAGUACGCAAGCCAACCCACCAGCCAGAUAUCGAUUUUACAGAGGUCAAGAGAGUUUAAGGAAUAUCUCAGUGGGUAAUACCUUUGAAACAUCUGUCGUUCAAAGGACAAGCCAAGUAAACUAUGCAUGUACUCCUUUCAAUCAUUUUGGUGAUGGGAAGACAAAGGUGAUUGCUGUGGAA